CACCCUCAUGUCCACCUUGAAGGAGCUUUCGAGGCGCUUCCGCAUAUUGCAGCGGCGCUCACGCAGAAGGCCUUCAGAUCUUAGGCGUCAGGCCAAGAAUCUCCUCUCCUCCUUGGUGGUCGAGGAAGACGUCGCGGAGGAAGAUGUAGUGCCGCCCUCACCAAGGCAGCAAACCUCCGACCCUGACCCUUCCCCUGAGCAUUCCUCCUCCCAGCCGUCAUGCAGCAAAUCACCUGCAAAGUCUGUGGAGCAGAGUCUCCCCCAGUUCCCGGACCACGUCGCGGUCUUGAAUACACUGAUGGAGCAAUACAGGGCACAUCAGGAGGGCCCGGACCCCACCCCGAAGCUGCGUGACAAUGUCGCCAGCAAAGUUUUCCGGAUAAGGAAAUUCAUUGCCUACAUGGCCCAGGGAGGGGGCAAGCUCCAGACCCUGGACUUUCUCGAUGACACUGAGAGGAUGCGUAGGUGGGUAAAAACCUUGAGGGCGAUGGUCAUCAGGGAAACAACUAUUAACCAUUAUUUGAAGAACAUCGCCCAGUUCCUAGAUUACGUGGCCGCUACACCCCCUCCGACCUGCCGCCUCUCCAAGAGGGUCUUGUUCGCCAUCAGAAGGGAGGUGAGGAUGAUGCUGCGGUGCAUGAAGCGCCCGGUCACGUUGCACCAGAUGACCGUGAAACGGGCCAAAGACGGGCAGCUCAUCUCCAAGGCCCUCUUGGAGAAGUGCAGGGACGAGGCCAGGAAGAGAAUCCCUAAAAUUCUCGAUGAGCUUGAGAAAGACAAGGCCCAGAAGACGCAAUUCCGUCUGUAUGGGUAUGUCACUGCGUUCCUGGCCUCAAUCUAUGGUCACCGCUGUGGGGUCUUCCAGAAUAUGACCAUAGAUGAGGUCAGGAACGCGACGAAGACAGCCAGUACAUACUUGAUAAACGUCAGUAUGCACAAGACCAACCAGGCCUUCGGGCCGGCGCAAAUCGCGCUCUCCGCACAGGAGUACGACUGGUUCGAACGGUUCUUGGGGAUGAAGGAGGAAUUGGUGGGCGGGGCCGCUGCAAAAUACGUGUUCUUCACGUCAACUCUGAAUCCGUGCAAGAACCUAAAUAAUUAUUUUCAGGCAGCUUGGGCGGAGAUGGGGCUUCCAAAAAGCCCCACGUUCACCGACCUCCGGUCGGCCAUCGCCACCCACGCAAGGAACAACGGGACUGUUGAGGACAGGUCUAAGAUGUCGCGGUUCAUGUGCCACGACACAAGGACGGCAGACAAAUUUUAUGCCUGCAACCUCAACACCAAGGAGGCAUGGGAGCACAGGCAGCUCUUCGAGAAGGUGCUGGAGGGGUCUGAUGUGCCGGAUCAGCCCGUGCGCAAGGUUGGCAAGAGGCCUUGCAAAAGGAAGCGGUGCGAUGUGGAUGCGUCUCCGCUGACUUCUCAGAGCACCAGUGAGGAUGAAGCCGAGCCUGUGUACCAGGAGUCGGGCGUAUCCUCAGUGGAGUCAGACGAGAACUCGUCCGAAGCCGAGCCAUCCAUGAUCCAACCCAUGAGGCAGGCCACCAUAAUCUUGACGCCACUCAAGAUGAGAUGGUCCCCGGCCAAGUCUAUGGUUCUGAAAAGUCUGAAGGAAUACCCCUCCAGAGCCUGAUCGAGUGCCUGUCCUGCCACCCUUUGUUCCUCGCCUGCCCCGCGUUGCCCCGCUCCAGCGUUCCUCGACUACUCCACCCCUCCCCAGCUCCACCUGUUCCCUGUUCCGCCAUCCCUGUUCUUUGUUGUUUUUGUUCCUGACCCUCCCAGUUCCUGCCUCACCUCCCCGACACCCUUUUUAGGGGUCAUGUUCUGUAAAUAGUUCAAUUCCAGACAGAGUUCCAUUUUACGUUUACAUUUUUUACCUGUUCUUAUUAUUCUGAUGUUCAAUAAAUGAUGCACAUUGUGUUUUAAAUGUCCAUUUGCCUCCGACUCACUUGAUUCCCCUAUGGUGCUAGCUAAAGUUGCUUAAUUUAACGUGUGGACCAAAAUCUUAACUUAAAGUAACUUGCAAUUACUUGUUUUUGUAACACAAAACACAUAUCCACAAAUGAUGCACUUGAUUCUGAAUUCUUUGUAUAACUUAAUUAAA